UUUCUCUUAAAACGCAUGCGCAAUUCUUUCCAAUCAGAUGGCAAUACAAUUACACCUUGUUAUUUUUAUGCUUGGCAUACAAGUUUUUAUGUUACGUUCUCGAAGUUAAGUCAGUGUUAUGUUAAGAGGUUUACUAAAUACCCAUCAUAUAAUAAUCAUGUCACGGAUUAUCAAUAUAUCUGUUCCCGUGUUAGUUAAUAAAUUUUCAAAUAUGAAACGGAUUUUGCAUUGAAUAUCGCAAAUCAAUAAAACUUAUUCCUUAUUUUUGUGAUUGUUUGACUUUUUAAAGUUAGUUAUGAUAGGACAAUUUUUGUCUAAAUCAAUUAUUUCCAUUACUCUUGUAUAAAUGAAAGUUUUACAUUAUCUUUAAUUUGUAGCAGUAUAAAAUGGAGAAACCACCACUUAGUAGCAAUAUUUCACCUCCUGAGGAAGUGAAAAGCAUAUUGAUUAGCAAUAACAAUGAAAACCCAGGGUGUUCUUCUUCAACUGAUGGAAAUGAUGCAGCUCCAAGUGCACCUGAACUCAACAAAGCUAAAACCCCUCCAACAUCAGAUGCCAAUCCUUCACCUUCUUCUAGCAGGAGAUCACCCGAUCCUUGUUGUGCCAUUUGCCUUGAACAGUUACAAAAUAAGUCUUAUACAAAUGGUUGUUUGCAUAUGUUUUGCUUUAAGUGCCUUGUGGAUUGGUCUAAAAUUAAGCCUGUGUGCCCUUUGUGUAAGCAAGAGUUUAAAAGUAUUAUACACAACGUUCAAGAAGAUUGCAAAUAUGAUACUUAUUAUUUAAAUAGUCAUCAAAUUUCAGCUGAUAAUAUUUGGAAUUUAACUCAGACUCAUAAUGGCAUCUCUAACUCUAUUAGAAUUAAUACAUCAUCAAAUAUACCCAGAUUUCGCUACCGAACUACUGUAACUGCAGGUAGAUUUGUCGAUAGGAGCAGCAGCAAUGUAUCACGUCAAGAUACAAUGCAAAUACAGAUUGAAAACCACAGAAGAAGAUUUGCUCCACAUUCAGUGAGGCUUAUCUCCACUACACAGGCAGCAAAUCGCAUUCCAUCCCGUUUUAGGGCAAGAAUCUAUCAUCGAAAUUUGUGGGUUAAGCCUCUACAAUCUAACCGCUUCAGAAUAGUUUCCCCAGAUUUUUUCAAGCGCAAUCCUGCCUGCACACACCGCUUGCUUCCUUGGCUGAAUCGAGAACUGAUUGUGUUGUUGCAUAAUGUUGAAUCACGAAUAGUUGAGGUUCUUGAACUUAUCAUGGCCUUAAUCACACGGUAUGACAUUAACAGUCCAGAGUUUUAUUCAUACAUUGAACCAUACUUUCAGGAAAGGACCUCUCAUUUUAUUCACGAAUUUUACAAUUUUGCAUCCUCACCUUAUAGUAUGGAUGAGUACGAUAAUAAUGCUACUUAUGAUCGUCAAGAGCCUAAGUCUAGUAAUGAAGCUGUUGAGGUAGAUGAUACAAAUAAUGAAGUUAUGAUCAUUGAUAAUGAUGAACCAUCUCAUGUGACAUCGGAAACAAAUGUUGAACGCUUAAAAAGUGUAUGCAAAAAGAAGAAAUCUAAGAAUUCUGCAAGUAAAAAGAAUACUGUUGAGAAAGUUGUUUUAAAAAGGAACCGAGAAACAGACUCUUGGGUUACAGUUAUGGGUCCAUUGCCUCUCAUGCAUGAUUACAGUAUGACCAAUUUGAAUAAUUAUUACUCGAAUCCUGGACCAAGUAAUAUGCCUGGCAUUGCAACGAAUAGUUUAGACACAGAUGGAAGGCCUCUAAUCAGUCCUGUUCAUAUUGAAAUUGAAUCUUCUGAUGAUGAGGUUGAAGUUCUUGAUGUACUGAAGCCAAAAGCAGAAAGGACACCAGAAAUUGUUGACCUGUCCAGUGAUGAUGAAAUAUCUGGGAUAACUAAUGUUACAUCUAGUGAAAACCCUUUCAAAAACAAUCCAAUCUUAAGUAGUAAUUUUAACACCAUCAGUCCAACUUUAAGCAUUCGAUCUUAUAGCCCUGUUAGCCCAUCUUAUAGCCCUGUUAGUCCAACUUAUAGCCCUGUUAGUCCAACUUAUAGCCCUGUUAGUCCAACAUAUAACCCUGUUAGUCCAACUUAUAGCCCUGGCAGUCCAAGAACUGAUGUUACAUCUAGUGAAAACCCUGUGAACAACAAUCCUAUCUUAAGUAGUAAUAUUAGCCCCAUCAGUCCAACUUUAAAUAAUCAAUCUUAUAUCCCUAUUAGUCCAACCUAUAGCCCUGUUAGUCCAACUUAUAUCCCUGUUAGUAGUCCAAUUUAUAGCCCUGUUAGUCCAACUUAUGGCAUUUCAAGUUCUUCUCUAGAUAUUUUUGAAGAAAAUUCUAAUUCUCACAAUUCAGUUCGUAAUCAGGAUGGCCUGACUAGUGACCAGAUUAAUAGAAAUUUGCUGACUGAGUUGUCAGAUACUGAUGAUGAUUGUAUAUUUGAGUCAUCUGAAAAAAACCCUUCCACAGUAUCAACUGACAAAGCUUCUAAAAUUGAUAUUAAAUCUGAUGAAAAUAAUAAUGCUAAUAACAACCCUGUUACCUUUAACAGUACUGUUGUAAAUAAUCACAAUAUUCCUGAAGCAGAUACAUAUGCUCAGAGUCCAAUGUUUAGUUUUUCAUAUAGGCCUCCCAGCCCAUUUGAGUGUCUAACUUCUGUUCAAAGUUCUAAUAUAGUAAGGUUUGAAAAUUCCAAUUCACACAGUCCAACUGAUGCCCAUGAUAACCCAAAUAAUUCUUCUAAUAAAGUAAUUUUAUUGGAGGAGGUAGAUUCUGAGGAUGAUUGUAUCUACGAGUCAACUCAUAAAAUCAUUUCCAACAUAUCAAGUGACGCUAAAGCUCCCAAUUUUGUAGAUUUUAAAUCUAAUAAAAAUAAUGGCAAUGACAGCCCUACUAUCCUUAACAGUCCUGCAGUAAAUAGAUAUAGCCCUCUUAGUCCAGUGCUCUAUGCUCCCUUUCGUUCAACAUCUCGAUUUUCUAGCAAUGCAGAUAGUGACAUUGAAUGCAUCUUUGACUCCGGUCAGAAAACGGAAAAUGAUCAAAAAAUUAAUGAACCUAGGAGUAAUUCAAAUAAAAUUUCACCCUUAGAUUUAUCUAGGCUACCAGGUUCUUCUCAGGAAUCUAAUUCCAGUAAUCAUCUAAGCUGGGUUUAUAAGAAUAAAAAUAACUUAAUUGAUUCAACUUGUUCAUCAUCAUUAACUAAGCACCAUCAAGCAGCUAAAUCCUCUUCGGGAAGAGACUCGCCUAUUAAUUUAGUAAAGAAAAUAUCUUCACUUAAACGUAACACUAAAUCAACGUUGCAAGCUGCUGAAAAAAGUUCAUCUGCUGGAAAAAAAUCGACUUCUAAGAAAUAUCGCACCGGAUCUUUAAAGAGUUCACCGACAUCGAUAAUGUCCUCUAAUAACAAUACAGUAUCUUCUGUCAAUGAACCUGUCAGUUCAUCAAAACCUGAUGAACCUAUCGGUUCGUUAAAGCGCAAUAAGACUUAUGUUCCUUCAAAAAUAGUUAUCCCUAGUUCUAGUAGUCUUAAUGUAGACAGUGUUUCUAAUUCUCAUAAAGAAGACUUGUUUGAAAAUAUAAAUAAUGCAUCAACUGAAAGUUGCUCAGAAACUGAAAUAAUGCCACCUAAAAAAAGAAAACUACGCAGUGUUGUUGCAUCUCUCAUAACAGAUCAUAAUGUUGGUGAUACACAAAAUUCUCAUAAAUCACAUAAAAGUCAUAAAGUGAAGAAGAAAAAGAAACACACUAGGAGAAUUAAGCGUCCUGUUUCUGACUCAGACAGUGACUUUUUCUAACUAUAGCAUAUAUUUAUUGUAUAUAAAUCAAAUUAACGUUAAAAAAAUGUUUAAAUCAUGAAUUCGUACAAAUUUAAGCUACUUCUUAAUGUAUAUAGAUUUUUGUUAUGAUGAACAUCUACUAUUUAUUUUGUUUAUCAGCCAUUUAUUUUCAUGUUCUAUUUUUAUAGUUA